CUCCCAUGCUGUAGGUGGAGCACUGCAUCAAACUCCACGUGUGUCUCCACCACAGUAUCUCCUUGAAGAAGACACACAUGCACCUCUGUGACGGCUUUCCACUGACAGUCAUUUACUUUUUUCCUGAACUCGGUGGUCCCUCCGUGCAGACAGCGCCGGGAGAUGCCGCGGUAUGAGCUGUGUGUGAUCCUGAAGGCGAUGCAGAGGCCGGAGACCGCGGCGGUGCUGCGGCGCACGGUGGAGACGCUGCUCGAGCGCGGCGCAGUGGUCAGGGCUCUGGAGAGCCUCGGCGAGCGCAGGCUGCCCUACAAGAUCUCCAAACACGACUGUCGCCACACGCACGGCGGAUACUUCUCCGUCGACUUCCACGCCUCGCCGAAGACCGUCAGCGAGCUGCUAGAUCACCUGGAGCGGGACAUUGACGUGCUGCGCCCCACAGUUUUAAAGAAAGACACUGAGCUUUCCCAGGCGCAGUGCUGUGGAGCACAAGCUGAGAAAGCAAAGAGUGCCACUUCCAGAUAAACGACUGGCGUCAUCUGCUGGAUCAUGUGAAUGCACUUUUGCAACGAGACAAGCUAGUAAAUGUCAGCAUCCUUUUUAUAGUUUUGGAGAAAUGCAUUUACUUCAGCUAAUUAUGUGAUGUAUGUUUCCACAAAGCACUGUACGUAUGACCUCUUUGCGGGAUCAGCAUUUUUGGAAUAUUUAAUAUUAAUAUGACAGAUUCUGCUUCAAUAAUUACAUGCUCAUAAAUAAAUAACAUAAAAAUGAAGUUGUAUAUCUCACUCUGUGACAGUCAUACUCUUCCACAAACGUGACUUACAAAUAACGAAAUAAAUGUAAGUGUUGUCGAGGAAA